AUGAGCGCGAAGAUGGCCGAAAUCACGCAGAACAGUAUCCGCAAGGCGAAAGAAACCGUCCGGGAAUACGCGUGGCGUAUCAACGAUGCCGCCCAAGAUCUCGAGUUGCGACGUACUCAAGCGGUGCAGAUCUUCAUCGACGGUUGCAAGGAUCCUGGCGUGGCCUCGUGCAUCCGAGGGUCGGAGACGCGACCGGGUACGAUUCAGGAGUGCCUGGACUACCUUCGUUUUCGCGACAUGGACCUUGAUAUGCGACUCAAUGACGCGAACGGACACGACGUUCCACGAUCUACGUCCUCGGCGACGCGGGUGAACCGUACGAACUCGACGGAUGCGACCAGCAAGUCCACAGAAGAGGCUAUGGCGGCGCUUCGGGCGGAUGUAGCCUCAAUGAUGCAAAACCAGUUGGCUUCAUUGACGAAUGCAGUGGCCAACAUCGCUCCGCGUCGUCCGUCGGGGAAUCAGCCGGUAGUGCCGAAUAUCCGCAUGGAUCCCGACGAGACGACGACACAGUUGGGCCGUGUGGUAUGUGGGCGUUGUCAACGAAGUGGUUAUGGGCGCGAGGCGUGCCCGUACACUAAGAUGAAGUGCUCUCGUUGCAACACCGUGGGUCACGCUAACUGGGAGUGCUCGGUUCCUUUCCAACCGCGGGCGCUAGCGGGGGAUCACCGAUGCUACAACUGUAAUGAGCUGGGCCAUCUUCGUGUGGAGUGCCCAAGCUUCGUAUGUCGCCACGAGAAGGGACCCAGACUCCUCCGGCGCAAAAUGGUUGAUAUGGGAGGGACGACGUUCAGGCUGAAGGAAGUGUCCCGAGCAUCGUCGUACCUCCCAAUAAAACAUCUGUGA